AUGAAAGACCAGACAACAAAAGCUGAAGAUUUUCAAAAUGAUGCAAAAAAUUGGCUUACUUUAUUUUUAACGCCAUCUGAAGCAAUUCAUCAGAAAUGGGGAUUAAAGUCAUUUUCGUGUAGUGCUGUUGAAAAGAAAAACCAUGAGCAGGUUUCUUAUUUUUUUCAUAAAACAAUGAAAGAUGGAGGUAAAAAAUCUAAGUCAUCAGAUAUUAUUGAAAUCUUGGAACAUGAAAAUCAAUCUCUUUUUUACAAUCAUCAUGAUGUUCCUUUAAAAUAUCAAAAACCUCAUAAAAUUCAUAUUAAAGCCAGAAAUAAUUAUAAUGAAAAUACUUAA